CUUUGUUUUGGUGAUCCCCUCUGAAAAUCGUCGCCUGCUUGCUAUAUAAGUCCAGUUGCUUAGCUUUGAACAAAUUAGAUCGUUUUCAACAGAGUAAACAAUCAAUCAACCAAAAUGAAAUUCUUCAUUGUUUUCUUCGCUUUGAUCGCCGUGGUCUUGGCCGGUGGUUAUGGUGGCAACCAAGGACAUGGCCAAGGAGGACAUGGCCAGCAAGGCUUUGGACAGGGAGGACACGGCCAGCAAGGCUUUGGACAGGGUGGACAUGGCCAGCAAGGAUUCGGUCAGGGAGGACAUGGCCAGCAAGGUUUCGGUCAGGGAGGACAUGGCCAGCAAGGUUUCGGUCAGGGAGGACAUGGCCAGCAAGGAUUUGGACAGGGAGGUCACGGCCAGCAAGGACACGGCGGACGUUACUAAAUGGAUCGAUUUAAUAAAAGCUUUUGAAAACUA